AUGAUGGCACUACUUGCCGUAUGCGUCGUUGUCUCCGCCAGGCAUCGCACUGACUCCACCGCAGACCGGCCGGCAGACCGGACUGGACACCGAGAGAAUGGAACCUUUCCUCACCGCAGUAAAUACAAUAAGGACAGAAAAGCCAAAUCAUUAAAAAUCAUAAUCAAGGAAGCAUUAGAAAAACAAAAAUACCUGCACAGAUCGUGGAACUGGGUCGAGACCACCGACAAAAACAGGCGAGUCAUCACCAAAGCCAAGGGUUAUAAGAGGAGCGAAAUGCGGGUGGUGGUGAAGAACAAUUGGUUAAAAGCAUCCGGAAAGAGUAUUACGGCACGCGGACAUAAUAUGCUCACCCACUCGGUACCCUUACCGGCAAACGCAGUUGUCUCUGCCAUCAAUGCCACGUUGACCAGCGACGGAUACCAGGUCUUGGACAUUCCCAUCGACAAGCGGGCACCGAAGUCGUCGCAACGCGAACGGAACGUGCCCAUAGUGGAGAGUGGGAAGCCCAUGGAUAGCAAGCACUUGAAUAUUACCCACCUUUAUGGCGAUAGCAGUAACUCGCAUACUAGUUUGAACAUCGAAAAAGACUGGAUCAAAUUAGAAAACGACCACAGACCGUGGCACUGGAUCGAGGCCACUGACAAAAACAUGCGAGUCAUCAUCAAAGUCGAGGGGUAUAAGAGGAGCGAACUGCGGGUGCGGGUGAAGAACAAUUGGGUAAAAGCAUCCGGAAACAGUGCUACGGCACUCGUACAGAUGUUCAUCCACACGGAAUCCUUACCGGCAAACGCGGUUGUCUCUGCCAUCAAUGCCACGUUGACCAGUGACGGAUACCUGGUCGUGGACAUUCCUAUCGACAAGGGGGCACCGAAGUCGUCGCAGCGCGAACGGAACGUGCCCAUAGUGGAGAGUGGAAAGCCCGUGGAUACUCGUAGCAAACACUUGAAUAUUGCCCAACUUUAUGGCUACAGCAGUGACUCAGAUACUAGCUGGGACACCACCUCUGACAUCAGUUCGGACACCACCUCUGACAUCAGUUCGGACACCACCUCUGACAUCAGUUCGGACACCACCUCUGACAUCAGUUCGGACACCAGCUCGGACAUAAGCUAUAGCUCUAGGGACUAGAGUUUUUAAGCAGAUUUAAUUGGAGCA